AUGAUUAAUCUUAUUGGUUGUGUUUGUAAAAUUGUCUCCAAGCUGCUGGCGGAUAGACUAAAAAGGGUGUUGGAUACGAUUAUCGGGAAGGAGCAAUCGGCUUUUAUUAAAGGCCAAUGCAUUCUGGAUGGCCCACUAAUCGUUAAUGAGACUAUCUCUUGGGCUAGGAAGGCAAAGCGUAAAGUGUUAAUUUUUAAAGCUGAUUUUGAGAAGGCUUUUGAUAACUUGAACUGGGACUUUUUAGACGAGGUUAUAUGUCAAAUGGAAUUCAGUAAUACUUGGAGAAAGUGGACUCGAGGAAUUUUCUCUAACGCAAUUGUCUCUAUUCUUGUGAAUGGAAGCCCAACUGAGGAGUUUAUCAUUGGAAAAAGGGUGGUUAUGUAUGAAGCUCGUAUUAAAGGGGUUUUUAACGGGUUGUCUCUUCCCAGAGGUGGCCCUAGAAUAGAGAUUCUCCAAUAUGCUGAUGAUGCUCUAUUUAUGGGUGAUUGGUCGUUAACGAAUGGUCUAAAUUUGAUCUGUGAAGCUGAGCUGCUCACUCAAAGAAUGAAUUGUAAGCUUUCUUCUAUUCCGUUCCAAUACUUGGGUCUUCCGGCCAAGUCUUUAUCGUUUGGUGGUAGGAAGAUACUGUGUAAAUCAGUUCUUGGUAGUUUGGGAGUUUAUCUUUCCUCUCUGUUUAAAGUCCCGGAAAAUGUGCUUAACACCCCUGAAAGUCUUAGGAACCAAUUCAUUUGGGGCUGGACUGGACAAAGUAAGAAAAUUAUCUGGAUUAAGUGGAAAGUUACUUGUAACAAAAUGGAUAAAGGUGAUAUUGGCAUCGGUAGUUUGAAGGCGCUUAAUUGGGGUCUUCUUGCUAAGUGGUGGUCGAGGUUUCUAAACGAAGAGCGCACUCUCUGGAGAGCUAGUAUUAAGGCGUUUCAUGGUGAUAGAGGGGGUAUUUUUUAG